CAAGCAAUUCUAUUUCUACCAUCCUCUCCUCGCCUCUGCCUGUAGUACAAAGGGAAAACGAAAGAGAAAGUUACGGAGGUGUUUGCCGGUGGGUUGAUGGCCAGAACUAAUAACAACAAGUUUACACCCAUUAACUUCAAUCACAUCUUGGAGAAGAACGUCACCGCCGCCCCCAGUUCCAGCAAAGCCAAGCUUUCGCAGAACCCACACCAACACCCAUCCUCUUCUUUUUCCUCUUAUUCUUCUAUCUCGUCUCCGAAGACCCAUGGCCGGAUGCUCGUUCUGACCCGGCCUACGCCCAAGCCGCUCAAUGUAACCCCACCUCUGUCCCCACGGAAACAACAGCAGCAGCAAACCCAUCAAGUGCAACACCGUGAAGUUCCAGAUCAAGUCCCUGAAGGUUCUGGUUCGGAUCAGAUUUCGUUGCGUCCUCUUGGUCGAACUGGGUCAGGUUUAACGGUUCCGGCUACGGUUCCUAAUCAAGAGAGGGAGAAAGAGAUUGGGUCAGUUGCUGGAUCGCCGAAACCGGACAAAUUUGUGCCGCCUCAUCUGAGGCCGGGAUUUGUAGGGAGGGAGGAGAGACCUGGACCUGAGGUUUAUCGGGGUAGGGAAUCCGCUCAGAGACAUUUUGGAUCACCGGAUCGGCAUGUUGAAGAUGGGCGGCCCAAGUCGGGUGGGCAUGAGCGAAUUAGGAGAGGUGGCGAGGCAGAUCUGGGAUUGAUGAUGGGUCGACCCAGAACCAGCGGCAGCCGCCCCAGUUCUAGUGGAUGGUGCAGUGGAUGCACUGACAUGUUUGUAGAUAUCAUAUGCAUGGUUUUUAGUUUUGUACCAAGCAUGCCUUACCAUUUCUGAAAUUGCCAAGUCUAUUGGAAGGUGCAGAUAUAGCUGUCAUGAUGGUGGCAACCCAACGCUGUUUACAAGAGUUGUGUUUGGUGUGUGUUAUUUUGUGUACUUAUUGCUUUGUUCCUGCAUUGCCCAAUAGAGGAUGGAAAGAUUUCUGUACAGGAAUUGAUGCCACUUUGGCAUUUCUGCCAGCCUCAUCUUUGAGUUUCCCUAUAUAACUUAUAUCAUGAAAUUUGAGGUCCACAUUUAGUAUAUUCAUUUGUAGGAUCCUUAAGCAGAAUGAGAUAGAGUAGAUUGUAUAUCUCCCUGUUUAUAUUUCUUCUAGAUCAGUGACUUAUUUUUCUCAAAUUGACAUUUUAGUUGAUAAAGUUUUAUGUUACUGGAUCCUACCUUUACCUUCUUAUUAAUUGCAGCAGGCUCAUGAAUUGUUGUUCUUUGUAUUGCAAUUAUGUAAAACUUUCUUCUGGAAGUAUACUUGUCUAUGAUAAUUCUUCCCGUGUUUUUGUUGCACCCUGACUUGUUUCAUUACCUUGAGACAAUUUGAUGCUGCUAGCCUGCUACAAAUGCCUCUCGCUUAAUGUGAUACCCAUCUGCCAAUUCCCCACAAACUGUUUGUCUGAUAUUAUACCACUACAUUUUUUUUUUUUUUUUUGGGGGGUUUGAGAUUUUGAAUUUGAGGCAAUGGGGUCAGGUAACUGGAAGUUUUAUAGAACUGGAGAUAUUUAAGGAUGCAAAUUAUCCAGACAAAUUUGCUUCUUAAGAAAUUUAAAAACCCUGU